AUGUCAAGCCGGCUGUCACUACCAAUAAGACGUUACCUCACAUACCUCCUAAUCGUCUCCAACCUAACCUCAGCGUGGCUGAAUGGCUACAAUCAGUUCAACAACUUACCACGCUACAGAAGUGGAGGGUACGGUGGUGGGUACGGUAGUGGGUACAGUAGUCAGCCGUAUGGUAAUCAAGGAGGUGAAGACGAGAGAGAAGCUGUAGAUGAUAGAUAUGGAGCGCCUUGCAAUCCGAAUGCUUUUACUGUACCUUCGAACUGUUUGGGCAAUAAUAUGGUUAAGGCGUUGAAGAACUUGGCACAUGUGCCGCCGGGUUCUAAUAGUAAGUUUAGGCUUAUUGGAAGGUUUUUUAAAAGCCGAAUAUAGUUUGUAGAUGAUAUAUAGCUUAUAAGAACGUAUUCUAUCUUUUUUCUACCUUACUUUUUGCGUAGAGCACCGUAGCUUGAUUAUACAACAAGGCUAUGGCUAGGGCUCUGGGCUAGGGCUCUGGGCUAAGGCUCUGGGCUAGGACUAUGGGCUAGGACUAUGGGCUAGGACUAUGGGCUAGGGCUCUGGGCUAGGGCUCUAGGCUAGGGCUCUGGGCUAGGGCUCUAGGCUAGGGCUCUGGGCAAGGGCUCUAGGCUAGGGCUCUAGGCUAAGACUCUAAGCUAGGCCUCUAGCUUAGGGCUCUGGGCUAGGGCUACAACCAGAAAUACCUCUAGGGCUAUUGAGUAUAAACUCAUAAGUUCGGUUGAAAAUACAGUACUAUACUUUAACUUAAGGAAGUAUACAAUACCGUAGAUUGACUGAAUGGUAUAGUUACCCUAUAAUUUAAAAAAUACAGUACCUUAGCUUGACUACAUAGUACGGUACCAAAAAUUCACUAUUAUUAUAUUAAGCCUAACAUUGCUAAGCCUAAAAACUAUUUUCUUAGACGAGAAUGCGUUAUUACGCCUAAAAUGAAGCCUACAGUUCUUAUCUAAACCUAAAAUUCUUCAUUGAGCAUUAAAUUAGCUGCUAAGCCUAAAAUUUAGACUCUAAUUUAAAUUAAUUUCUAAACAAAAGGCAAGAUAUUAUAAUAAGCCUAAACCAAAAAUUUAAUCAGAAGCCCAAACUAACAAAGAAAAAUUUUUUAAAACCCAUUUUUAGCCAUCUGUAAUCAGAAGCCUAAAAAAAUAUAAACAAAACUAAAUUUAAAAAAAAAUUUAAAUAAAAAACCAUUUUCAGCCACCUUCAUCCCGCUAGGACAAGUCCUAAUCCCAACCGGAAAAGAGCUCACUUUCUGUCGAAAUCAGAACAAUAAUUGUGGCUCCUACCAAGGCCAAGGAAUGCAACCAGACUGCUAUCCGGAUGGCUGUCCUUGUGAUGACAAUGACUACAACAAUCAAGGCUGUUGUGGACCGUGCAACUAUUGUCGACGCUACUUCGCCGUCCAUCGACGACGCCGGUCGAUUCAGAUGCAAAGACGGUUCGUCAAUUUGAAAUUCAACAAAAAUUCAAAAAGUCGAGCGAAGAAGAGAUUACUAUAG